UUUAUUUAACUGCCUCUGUCUCUGCACCUUCCCAUUCCCUCUGUAUUUUUCUCAGCUUUCCUCUCGCCAACAAAGAAGCUUUUGCCAUGGCCGCCUCCUCUCUCAAGCAACGUUCCCAGUUCUUGUUUGUGUUUGUUCUCGCCAUUUUCUUCCUUUCUCAUCCUGUUAAUAGUGACGAUGAGGCAGAGCAUCUACUUCAAGAUCUCAACGAUUUCAGGACAUCGGUGAAUCUGCCGGCAUUCACCAAGAACAAAAACGCUCACUGCGUCGCCAAGAAAAUCGUGGACGAAAUGGACGAUGACGACCAUCCAUGCACGAACCCCAGCAGUUCAUCAUCAGGCAACAAAGGAACCAGAUUAUCCGACUAUCCGAGAGCCGUGUCCAAGUGCCACAUCGAUACCAACACCACGAGCGGUGCCGUCGUGCUGCCCGUCUGCGUGGCGAAUCUGGUUCCCACGCUUGUUUUGACCAACUUCACUCGUACCCAUUUCUCUAGAUACAUCAACGAUUCCAGCUUCACCGGGAUCGGAAUCAGUUCCGAAGAUGAUUGGAUUGUGGUGGUUCUUGCUUCCAACACCCAAAGCGGGAGCCUCGCCAGUGGAGCCUCUUCUCAUGGAUUAAGUUAUUACGUGGUGUUUUUGCUGUUGGGUUUCGUUGCUCGUCUUAAUUUGGUGUGACCAUUGCCUGGAUUUCUUUGUUAUUUUUCUUCCGGUUUGUGAUUUAAUUUGUGGAUUUCAAUUUGUAUGAAAAAGUUUGCUUUGUA